UUUUAUUUUUAUAUGUCAUUCUAGGUUUUUUUUACACAAGUUAAAGACAUCACUAAAUUUAUUGUAAUACACAACUUGAAGAGUCAAAGAUGCAAUUUGAAGAAGUCAUUUCAGUAAAACAAACUUUGUUAUGUAUAAUCCCUAUGGUGUGUAAUAUUCACAAUUAGAUAUCUUGUUAAAAUAUGUUACUUUAGAUAUCUCAUUAAAAUAUGUAUGUUUUUAAUCUAUAUUAUUAUUUGCAAAGUGAUUUUUGGCAUUUGAGAUUUCAUGUUAAAAAUUAAAAUGAUUAAUAUUGUUUAUACUUAAAUGAAUAAAAUACAUAAAGUAGCCGCAAAAUAAAAAUGAAUUUUAACUUUUGAUUAGAUAAGUAACUAAAAUUAAUAGUAAUAAGAAUUAUUCAAAAUUUUAAAAUACAUUGUUAAAUAAAAAGAUAAUUUCUAUAUAUAUUGUGUUGUUAUCUGAAAAAAAAAUUUUUAAUAAAAAUUUAAAAAUUAAAAUUGAAAAUAUAUAAUUAAUAUUAAUCAAUAAAUUUUUAAAUUUUAUAUGACUAAAAAGAGGAUAUUUAGUGAUUUUAAAUAUUGGAUGUAUAAUGAAUAUAGUGUAGAAGAAAAACAUUAUAAUAAAUAAGAAAUUUCAGAUUAAAACAUAAAUAAAAAUUAAGAUAAUUUCAAUAUAUAUAUAUAUAUAUAUUAUGUUGUUAUCUGAAAAAUAUUUUAAUUAAAAUUUUAAAAACUAAAAAAUCAUAACUAUAUUAAUCAAGCAAAAGUCUUGAUCUUAUAUAACUAAAAGAGGAUAUUGAGUAAUUUUAAAGAUUUAUUUAUGUAUACUAAAUACAAUGUACAAAGAAAUUUUUUUUUUAAAAAUAGAGACAAUUAGUUAAAUAUACCUAACGGAAGUCCAUAUUUGCUAACUACACACGGAUUGAUGUUAAUGGUAUGGUAUAUGGCAUUUAAGCCAUGAGUAGACAAUUUUACUCAUCUAUAGUGGUCAAAGUUUUUGCUAUCAAUUCUGACGCGACAUAAAGCAAAAAUGUGUCAGUUGAAUAAAGUGGUGUUUAAAGUCAUAAAUUUACAGCUGGAGCGUUUUUAACCACUUUAUUUAUAUCCAUAUUUACAAUUAUAUUAUUUACGAAAAUAAACUAAUGGAAAAAAUAAUUAAUAAUAUGGUUAUAACAAUAUAAAAAGAAUUACUAGGACAAACUAUAUCUCUACACAACGACCAAACAAAUUAUCUCUCCACCACGAUAUAACAAUAUGACUAACUCAUUUCUAUAUGAUAUUUAUAAUUUCGCCAAAAAGAUAUAUGUCCUGCAAAUUUCUCUUCAUUAGUCUCAAUUUAGAAAAACUACGAGCAUAUGAAAAGAAAUAUAUCUCGGGAUCUUCCAAUCUGUCUAACAACAACGACAACACGUAAAGGUUUGACUAAUGUAAUUUGUAACCGUUUAGACAUAGUAUUAUAUAUGGUCUAACAUAGCAUGUACCCGAUAACAAAUUAUAUAUCAGCUAACAUAACAUGUACCACGUAACAAAAUCAUUUAACGGUUUCUUAUAUCAAAUAAUAUAUCAGAUAGAACAUGUACCAGGUAACAAAAAUGUUAUCAGGUAACAAAAUUUUUAUCAGAUAACAACAAGUCUAUGGCAUACCAACCAUUUAUUAAUAAUUUGAUAUCAAACUAUUUAUAAGCUAAAAUAACAUGUACCAUGUAACAAACUAAUUUAUCAGAUAAUAAACAAUUUAUCAAAAAAUGUAUCAACUUGCAAACCAUGUAUCUACCAAUUUAUCAAAUAACAAACCAUGUAUGAAACAAUGUAUAAGUCGACAAACUAUUUACCAAAACAUUUAUCAGCUACUAAAUUAAAGAGAAAUUAUUAACAAAUAUUUUAUAACAUCUUAUUUACUUCGAAAAAAUACCCAUGAUCUUCCCAAAAUUUAAUUAAACUCAUAAUUUAAAAAUUAUUAUUCGAAUUUGAAAAUAUCCAUAAUCUUUCCAAAGUUAAUUAAACUCAUAAUUUGAAAUUAUUAAUGAGAAGAGAUAUGGGAACAUAAGCUAGGAACAAUAUAGAUUAUAUGAUUAUAUCUUGUCGAACGGACAUCAUCAAUGCAGAACCUCGUUUCAGUUCGAGUUAAUAAUUGUUCCAUGUCCACGAGACUGACAACACUUUUAACUGCGUAGAGUUGAGUUUAGGGCUAUUAUGGUUUUGAAAUUAUUAAUCAGAGAGCAUGAGUAAUUUGCCAAUAUAGAUGUCUGAUAGGUAUACACAUACACCAAUUAACUCAAAAAAUAUAAUAUGUAGAAAUUCACAGUUUUUAUCAUUAUAACUUUUUAGUUAGUAAUAUAUAUAUUAAUCAGUAAAUAUAAAGUAUUUAUAUCCGCAUGUGCGGACAAAACACCUAGAUUAUUAUAUACAUAAUAACUUUAAGUAAAUUGAUGUUACAAUUUAAAACUGAAAGUAUAUCAAAACUAUAUAUUAUAUAAUUAAAUUUUGUUAGGAAAAAUAUCUCUGAAAUUUUAAAAUGCUAGUCAGAACCUAGUAUUUUGUCAAAAAUAACAUUAUUACCUUCACAUUAUUGUAUAACCAAAAUCUUAUUAUAUUUUUCAAAUCAUAUAAUUGUUAUUGAAGUCGAAUAUAACUGCAAAACCGAUUCUCGCCAUAAAAUUUUCUACUACCAAAUCAACUAACAAAAUCCAUCAAUCUCCAACUUAAUACUUGUUCUGAAACGCGGCCGAGUAGGCACGUAAUCGGCCAAGUACUCGUGAAACGUGAGCUCACCGAGGCGAGUUGAGCCAAUACGGUUGCCUUCAACGCCAUACCGAUUCUUGACCGCAGAAAGCGUGGUUUAACAUUACGCGGCCGUUGAAACGUGAAAUCAUGUGACCCAAAAAUCGGUCAUUCUACGUUUAUACACAAUCUUCUUCUCUCUUUUCCGACAAGACAACAAAAGUUGUGAUUGCUUUUCCUCAAAUUCACUUAAUCGAAACCAAAUCACCAGAAUCAAGCUCAUCCAUCACUUGCAAAUCCAAAUUGAAGCAGAUUCAGGUAAAAACCAACCAACUGCUCAAAGUACGGUGAGCUGUGACUGUCGGUGGCUUGGCUUCGUCGACCUCGAACAUGGAUGAAAUCAAUUGAGUUCUUUUGGAAUUUGAAAAUUAAAGGAAAAAACAGAAAGUAAAAUCCAGAAAAGUCGAGCUAUUACAUGAUGCUAUGGUUAUCAUCACUCGUCUGACCGAUCAUGUCCUUUUUGUGUGUGUGUGUGCUAACACCGAUCAUCUCCUUCUCUUCAUAUUCCACAAUCUGAUGUAUCCUUUUGGGCUUUACUAGUCUCCUCCAAAUCAUCUAUUGGACCAAACAAUCAAUUAUAUAUGUACAACCCAUUUCCACAAACUAAAGUCUCCAAAAGCUUAUUUUUUGUUGUUUCAAUAUCAUUAGAGUGGCUAGUGGUCUUAUAUUGCUUUUGUAACUCUUACCGUAUAAGUAAGAGGAUAGUUUAAUGAUAAUACAGAUGAUGUAAAUAAGUGAGAGGCUAGUUUUUGUUCUAUAAAAUCGAGCAAUAUUACUGUGUAUAUACAAAUUGAUGACUAAAGAUAAACAUGAAUGCACAAAAUCAAUACAUUUACAUGGGACAUAAAAAUUUAUUUUACAUAAACAUGUAUUAUGCAUAAAAAUUGGUAAUACACAUAUAAAUAGAGCAUAAAAGUACAAAAAUUUCUUCCCCGCCUACUCCUUUAUUUUUUCCCGAUUUUUCAAUAAAUCGAUAGGCUCUAGUGUGCCGCACGCGUAGCGCCUAGCGAGUUUCUGAACAAGGCUUAAUACUCGAAGAUCUUAUACUUAAUCCACUAAAACAAAAAUCUUAAAACCCUAACAACACAACCCUUUAAUUUUCAAACUGCUCUCUCUUGAUAGACAAAGAAGAAGAAGACAACGAAUACUCCCAACACAAAAAGACGCAUACGAUCCCCGCAACUACUUUCCUCUUCAUCGCCGGCCUGAAGAAUGUCGACAGCCCGUAGGAUCCGCGGCGAGAAUCGGUUCUACAACCCUCCCGCGAUCAGGAAACUGCAACAGGAGCGCGAGAGGAAGAGACUCGAGGAGCAAGAGGCGCAAGAGAAGAAGAAGGCCACCAAGGAGAUAACACUCGAUCGACAGAAGAAAGAGGAGGAGAAGCGUCCUUUACCCUCUCCCGACGAGUGCUCCACUUCCGAUUGCUCUGUUCCGGGUCGGUCUAAUUUGGGGCGGUUUCUCGAUUGCACCACUCCCGUCGUUCGAACCCACUACUUGCCUUUGACAAGCACCAAGGGUUGGAGAACUCGUGGACCGGAGUUCUGUUCUUACUUCUUGCUGAAUGAUUUGUGGGAUUCGUUCGAGGAGUGGAGUGCUUACGGUGUUGGAGUUCCUCUUCUCUUGAAUGGAGUUGAUUCUGUUGUUCAGUAUUAUGUUCCCUAUCUCUCUGGGAUUCAGCUUUAUGAAGACCCAUCAAGAAGAGCCUCUGCGAGUAGGAAGAGAGCUGGGGAAGAAAGUGAUGGUGAUUCGUCUAGAGACAUGAGCACCAAUGGCUGCAGAGUCUCUUUGGAGGAGAAGCCAUAUUUUGGAUCGUCCAGUGAUGCUCCUGGUGAUCUCGUCUUUGAGUAUCUUGAAGCCGCCAUGCCAUUUGGCCGUGAACCAUUGACUGACAAGAUAUCAAAUCUGGCAUCACAGUUUCCAGCACUCAGAACAUACAGGAGCUGUGAUCUAUCGCCUUCGAGUUGGGUCUUUGUUGCUUGGUACCCGAUAUACCGAAUACCGUUAGGUCAAUCUUUACAAAACCUCGACGCUUGCUUCUUAACAUUCCACUCCUUAUCCACACCCUCUCGAGGUACAAGCAGCAAUGAGAACGGUCAAAGCUCAAGCAAAUCGGUAGCACCAUCGAAGAAGGUUACGUUGCCCACUUUCGGUCUGGCGUCUUACAAGUUCAAGAUGUCUGUGUGGAGUCCAGAGAGCGACGUGGAAGAGAGCCAGAGAGUCGUGGCUUUGCUACGAGAAGCUGAAGAGUGGCUGAGGCGGUUGAAGGUUAUGUUGCCGGACUUUAGACACUUCGUAACGCAUAGUGGUGGUUCGGCUUGGAGGUGAUGAUAGCUUUUAUUAUAGUCAUUUCUGAAAUCUGAACUAAUUAAAUAAAAAGAGUGAUACUUCUGAAGGGACGUGAUAGUUUUGUACAGACAUCGAUACUACAUUUUGUUAUGUUACUGUGGAGGCUUUUUGUUAUGUAAUUGAUACGUAUUUGAAAGAGUUAUUAGA